AUGCACCAGCAUUUCCAUCAGGAGCAUCUCCAAAAAGUGAAAACUACAACAGUGGUGCUUGUGCCCGUGCGCACUCGAUAUUCUGAUCACGUCGUAGCUUCCUCUUUCGGCACAGGCCCAGCACAUCUCAUGAUAAUAUUCGUGUGGUUGCGGAUAUGUUGGCCCCAUGAAUCCUGCUUGAACUCUCAACGAAUGGCUCCCAAGAAGGACAAGAAGAAACAGAACGAACCUGUUCAGCCGGAAUUGGUUACUGCAUACAAACCACGCGAGCCCCUCCCGCCGAUUGAGCCUCCCGAUGUAUCAGAGGUGGACGCUCAGUGGAAGGCCUUGCGGGACCAGUAUGUCCAGCCACUCCCGGCUUGGAACUCUGAGUUCGUCGACACCACUGAGUGGAGGCCAAAUGAAACAGAAGAUGCCUUCGUCAGCAAUCAGUUCUCAGUCUUCGCCAUGCCAAGAAGUUUCGCUGCACUCGUUGCCGGCUGGCGCCGAGCGGGCGCAUCUGCGUUAGCAAAGGGGGAGCUUCUUCCAGAGGCCAGACGAAAUCGACGUAGGGCAGCGGGUAAUACAGAAGAUACACAUCAUCUGUACAUGCAUGUGUGUAUACAUAAACGUAUAUUUAUGAUAUAA